CCCUUGUCAGGCCUCCAGGCUUGUUCCAGCAAAGUAACUCAUUCUGUAAUCCUGCCGACUUCAAACUAAGUCUCCUUUAUUCCAUUCGAUCCCUUUGACUUCCGGAGCGCUUCCUCCGCAUCAAAUGCUGCCAUCGGCCCUCCAUGAGUGGGCUCAUUACUUCUCUGUUUCUUGAACCCGUCAUUCGGCAAGCCCGUCGCCUCUCGCAGCAGGCUAGUAUCUCCCUAUCGCCUUCCGACAACCGACCAGAAUCACCCGCUAGCACACGAGACCAUGUCCCGCCAGCAGAUGGCAAUUGCAAGGCCGCAUACAACGAGACCAUAAUGCCUGACCCACGACAAGAGAAGCAUGCUGAAUCUCCGUCGCAUGGUGGAUAUGCGGGGUCCGACCAUGGUCGCGCGAUCUCGCCGACGUUGUUGCCGAUCGACUCGACCAACCGACAUCAUGAGGCAGAACACAACCUUUCCACGGCCUGGCCCGAAAUUCCAGCAGGCGAAUCGUCAUUGCAUCUGUCAGGCUCAUCUAACACACCCAGAAGUCCCUCGGCAUCCUUGAUACGAUUCGCCCCUGUCGCUUUUCCCGCGCGAGAAACCCCACCGAGCGUAGACAUCCAGCGUGCCGAACAACGUCUGAACGAUCAGGUCUCGGUAGACGAGGGCGGGUUUGCAUUUUCCCUGCCAGAAGAUGACGGGAUGGGCGCUCUGAGGAAGAAGAUCCAUGCCAUCAGAGACCUGGGAUCCAGCAACGCAGACCAGGCACGCAUGAUUCACGCGUUGAUGACGGAAAACUAUCACGCUUCUCAAAAGAACCUGGGUGACCAGUCAAUCCCAAGUAGUCCAUCACUUCCUAGCCCUCGCAGUCCAAAACGAGCGGAUAGUCCCAGCGGCUGGUCUCUCCGCUCCUCUGGUCAAUCGUCUCACUCUCCAGCCUCCACAGCUUCGGAUGCCCCGCAGCCUCUCACCUACAAUUUAGCGCCUGAGGAUUUAGUGCCAACUUAUGCACCCCGGAGAGAGCCCGAGUCACCUCUCGGUGAGGUGGAAGAUAUAGACACUGAAGAAUGCGAGGAAGUCUUCUUGGGAUGCCAGCACUAUAAGAGGAACGUGAAGUUGCAAUGCUUUGCGUGCAAGAAAUGGUAUACGUGCCGAUUCUGCCACGAUGAAGUCGAGGAUCAUCACCUCGAUCGGCCGAAAACAGAGAAUAUGCUGUGCAUGUUGUGUGGGUGUGCGCAGCCCGCGGCGCAGUUCUGUGGACAGUGCGGUGAAAGGGCGGCACAGUACUAUUGCCAUACCUGCAAACUUUGGGAUAAUGACGCAAACAAGAGCAUAUACCAUUGCAAUGACUGCGGUAUCUGCCGCAUAGGGCAGGGCCUAGGGAAAGAUUUCUUCCACUGCAAGACAUGCAGUGUCUGUCUCCCAAUCUCUAUAGAGAACACGCAUCGAUGCAUCGAACGCUCCACUCAAUGUGACUGUCCAAUCUGCGGAGACUACAUGUUCACAUCUCCAGAGACCGUGGUUUUUAUGCGGUGCGGGCACAGCAUUCAUCAGAGAUGUCUGUCUGAGUAUGCGAAGACCUCGUACCGUUGUCCAAUAUGUAGCAAAACCAUUACAAACAUGGAAUCUACAUUUCGGAACCUGGAUCGCACCAUUCAAAGUCAGCCUAUGCCAGCCGAAUUCAGAGGGACCAGGGCUCUCAUUUAUUGCAAUGACUGUUGCGCCAAAUCUAUUGUCAAGUACCACUGGCUGGGUCUACGAUGCGAUAUGUGCGAAUCAUACAAUACCGCUCAGAAACAGCUUCUGCACGAGAAUUCUCAGGAUAUCCCCGAAACGGAUGGUGAGGGUGCGGAUAUACAACCCUCACGGGCUAGAUCUUCCUCCCACGGAGCGGAUGAUCCUGGGUUAUCAACGCUGGCCUCGCUGCGCAUUGAUACGAGUACUGUCCCAGGGACAGACUCUGUUGCCCCUCGGCCUAACGCACCUUUGUCCGCCGACCCAAGUGGUCAGUUUUCGUCCUACAGCCUUGCCCGUGGUCGUGCAGUGUCCCCGGUGAUCAGCAACUAUUUUGGCAUCCCUCCGGGCCGUGACUCGGAGAGAUCGGGGUCGACAUCUUUCUUUGGCGGCCUUUCAUUCCGAGACAGUGGGAAUGAGGACGGUGGUGAGCUUCGGCUAUGGGGUACCAAGUUCAAAUACAGCUACGGGUUCCUCGGACAAGAAACCGAAUCCGUUGAUGGGGCCUCCGAUGCGGAUGUUCAAGAGGCGGACGAAGAUGGAUCGUCGGGUGAUAGCGAAUCGGAAGAUGGAAAAGUCGAUAGUGAAGAUGAAGAGGAAGAUGAGCCGGAGAGCAUCAACAUAUUCGGACAUCGAUGAAGUCCCUCUAUAUAUAC